AUGAAGUGUUUGUGCCUGUUAGUGCUUUUUCUGUGUUUGCGGUGCGAAUGUGCCGGCAGCAAGCCGCGCAGAGGACGCGGCAGCAUGUGGUGGGGCAUAGCUAAAGCAGGGGAACCAAAUAAUCUAUCACCACUAUCCCCUGGAGUUCUUUAUAUGGACCCAGCGGUCCACGCGACGCUGAGGCGGAAGCAAAGAAGACUAGCCAGAGAAAACCCUGGGGUUCUAGCAGCAGUUGCUAAAGGAGCAAACAUGGCGGUAACAGAAUGCCAACACCAGUUUAAAUACAGAAGGUGGAACUGCUCCACCAGAAAUUUCCUAAGGGGGAAGAAUCUAUUCGGCAAAAUUGUAGAUAGAGGGUGUCGAGAAACAGCGUUCAUUUACGCGAUCACCAGCGCGGGCGUAACACAUGCAGUAUCACGAGCAUGCGCCGAAGGUUCCAUAGAAUCUUGCACGUGUGAUUAUUCGCACGUCGACCGCGCCCCCCACCGCUCAAGAGCCGCUGCUGCCGCCAACGUUCGCGUCUGGAAAUGGGGGGGAUGCAGUGAUAACAUUGGCUAUGGUUUCAAGUUCAGCAGGGAAUUUGUUGACACGGGCGAGAGAGGCAAAACUUUAAGAGAGAAAAUGAAUCUACAUAACAACGAGGCUGGGAGAAUGCACGUGCAAACGGAGAUGCGGCAGGAAUGCAAAUGCCACGGGAUGUCUGGCUCUUGCACGGUUAAGACCUGUUGGAUGCGGCUACCAAGUUUCCGAUCGGUCGGCGACUCAUUGAAAGACCGCUUCGACGGGGCAUCGCGAGUGAUGGUGUCUAACACGGACCUUGAAACGCCAGUGCAGCGAAACGACGCAGCCCCACACAGAGUUCCUCGCAGGGAUCGAUACAGAUUCCAACUGCGACCGCACAACCCCGAUCACAAAUCACCGGGAGUCAAAGACCUCGUCUACUUGGAAUCGUCGCCUGGUUUCUGCGAAAAGAAUCCUCGGCUGGGUAUACCCGGCACCCACGGGCGUACUUGCAACGACACGAGUAUCGGAGUGGACGGCUGCGACCUCAUGUGCUGCGGCCGCGGUUACCGGACUGAGACCAUGUUCGUAGUGGAACGGUGCAAUUGUACAUUCCAUUGGUGUUGUGAAGUGAAAUGCAAAUUGUGUCGCACGGAAAAAGUGGUACACACAUGUUUAUAG